GAUUACAUAGACGCCAGUCGGCUCCGCAGGGGAACAAGUCUUCACCUCCAGCACCAGCAGCUUCUGCUCCUCCAGCAGGACUAACUUUUCAUUUUAUUCUCGCACCGGAAGCACAUUAAAGUUGACUUUCCGACCGAGCGGGAGCAGGAAUCCGCCUCUUUCUCUGCGGGGUUUGGAGCAGCGGAGGGCGGCUGCGGGUCGGAGCUUCUCUCGGUGUGAACGGCUGAGGGGGGCCGGAGGCUGGAGCUCGACAUGUCGCAGUUUGUGGAGGCUUGAAGGAGGAUUUUACCGGAGCUACAGGGACACGGGAGGAGCUGCAGUUUGUUCCUCCAGCAGGGAGGGAAACAGGCCGCCGGAGACAGACACCGUCUUCUGUCUGGACUUCUGUCCAUCUCUGUUUUCAUCUCUGAGAAGUUUCUUCUGAAGCCGCCAUCAUUCCGUGCUGCAGGUCCGACCCCAAAAUGUCUUCCAACGGAGACCUCAGCGACCUGGGGAGCUCAGAAAGCUUCUGGGAGCCGGGGAACUACAAAAGGACGGUGAAGCGGAUCGACGACGGCCACCGGCUGUGCAACGAGCUGGUCAGCUGCUUCCAGGAGAGAGCCAAGAUAGAAAAGAGCUACGCUUUACAGCUGAGCGACUGGGCCAAGAGGUGGAGGGGCGUCGUGGAGAAAGGGCCUCAGUACGGGACUCUGGAGAAAGCCUGGCACGCCUUCAUGCAGGCGGCCGAUCGGCUCAGCGAGCUUCACCUGGAGCUCCGUGAGCGUCUGGCGGGAGAAGACAGCGAGAAGGUUCGCGGCUGGCAGAAAGACGCCUUCCACAAGCAGAUGAUGGGAGGAUUCAGGGAGACGAAGGACGCAGACGACGGCUUCCGUAAAGCUCAGAAACCCUGGGUCCGAAAGCUGAAGGAGGUGGAGUCCAGUAAGAAGAGCUACCAUCAGGCCAGGAAGGAGGAGUGGACGGCCGUUACCAGGGAAACGCACGCCAAGGCCGACCCGUCCAAGUCGCAGGAGGAAGUCCGCAAAUACACGAACCGGGCGGAGCGCUGCAACCAGGAGGCCGAGAAAGCGAAGGAGCGCUACCAGAAGGCCUUGGAGGAGCUGAACCGCUGCAACCCUCGAUACAUGGAGGACAUGGAGCAGGUGUUCGACCUCACGCAGGAGGCCGAACGCAAGAGGCUGCGCUUCUUCAGAGACGUCCUGCUGGACAUCCACACACACCUGGACCUGUCGUCCAAGGACAGCUUCUCAGAUCUGCACAGAGAUUUGGGUCAAACCAUCCGAGCCGCCAACGACACCGAGGACCUGCGAUGGUGGAGGAACACCCACGGACCGGGCAUGAGCAUGAACUGGCCCCAGUUCGAGGAGUGGUCUCCGGAGGCGAGUCGCUCCAUCAGCAGGAAGGAACGAUCUGGACACUCUGAAGACAAUGUGGUGACUCUGACCAACAUCGUCUCCUCAGGUGGAGGCGACGCCCCGCCGAGUCCCAUCACCGUGGACACCAACAGGGUGAAAGAUUAUUCCUCGGACUGGUCGGACGACGAGAGUCCUAAGAAGGCUCUGGCUGUGAACGGCGUGGGGGAGGCCGAGGACGAGGAGGAGCAGCAGGUAGAAGGGGUUCGAGUCCGAGCGCUGUACGAUUACACAGGACAGGAGGCCGAUGAGCUGAGCUUUAAAGCAGGCGAGGAGCUGCUGAAGCUGGGUGAGGAGGAUGAGCAGGGCUGGUGUAAAGGUCAGCUGAACGGAGGUCAGGUCGGCCUUUAUCCCGCCAACUACGUCCAGGUCGUCGCCUCCUGAUGCCCCGCCCCCUCUGCUCAGCCAGCCAAUGGUAACACUUCACUCAAGAUACCAGAACCAAUCAAAAGCUGUUAGUGCUGACAGGUAGACAUGCCCUCGGACAGUUUUUGGUUACUGACUGAAAAGCUCGUCGCUGAGUUUUUUAAAAAGAUUUUCUGUUGUUUGAGCUUUUUUGAAAACCAGCCGGAGCUGAACUUCCCUUCUUGUGAAACUGUAUUAGAGAAACACGGACGUAUUUUCUGUCACGCCAUCCGUCGAUUUCUGACGGCACGUUUAAUUGAACUCUGGAUAAUUAGUUUUCUGCUCACUGCCAUCAUUUUCUGUUCCAAGAGCCGGAAAAUCCACAUUUAAUCAUCAAGAGGACAAAGCCUGGGUGGAGCUGAGGUGGAAUGAGCGACUGGUCACACUGUGGUCGAAACAUGUCAAUCAAUCAAUCUGACAAACACCCCCAUUUUUUUUAUUUUUUAAAAUUGUCCUUAACAUGACAAUUUUGGCAAUGACUCAGUUGGGUGAGAAGAUUAAUACCACUCUCGUGUAGAAUGAACACCAGCUGCUAGUUAGUUUAGUUUAGCAUGAAGACACUAAACAAGGGGAAACAGCGUACAAGCUAGCUCAAAACAUCUGUUUGUUUGAUUUGUACAAAAUCUGAAAUCCAACAAUGACAAUUUGUGGUUCUACAGAAGUUUUAGAGUUGCUAGUGGAUGGAUUUUGUAGUUUCUUCCAUAGUUUUGGAUGCUCAUGCUAAGGUAAGCUAACCAGCUGCUGGCAGUAGUAGUGUAUCAAUCUUAACAUUGAACUUUUUGCGAGGAACCCAAUAAGUACAUUCCCCAAAACGUUUAACAUAUAUUUUUUAGAAAUAUUCCCAUUAUUAAAUACCACCUUUGUAGUCAGACUUUUUAAGCGGCAAAAUCUUGAUUUAAAGAGAAGUCUUGACUUUUUCAAGGUGGUCUUUGAGUUUUCUUGGACCCAUCAUUUAGUCUUCUCUACUCAGCUGUGGUGGCUGCGGUUUGGAUUGAAGAUAUGAAGAAAAACCCAAUUAAAGAUUGUCAGUGCCUUUAGUCGAUGAGGCCAGCGAUGUACAGCGCCACCCUGCUGGCCGACUGAGGAAUUACAGACCAGAAAUGUGAAUUUGGGGUCGACCACAGCUGAUUACAAUCUAUAUUGUUAGUAAUCAAGGUGACUGAUAACCGAUAUUUAGAAUCAGUGUAAAUGUGCAGUAAAAAUUAAGGUUUUGUACUUUUCAACAUUUAUCCGUCGGUGUUGAGGCUAUUAUUUGGGACGUAUACCCAAUUAGGUGGGACAUUCCUGAAGACAGACAGUGAAGCGACUGCAUUACAGCCACAGUAACUUCUUUUUAAUUUAUUUUUAUCCCAAAUCAGUCUUAAAAACAUAACUCUGAUAAUUGGAAACAGGCUGAAUAGGAUAAUCGGUCGACCCCUAAUGAGCAGCACCAACCUCUUGUCUUGUCUGAAAUGUGUAGCGCCGUCCUGCUGUCUUUUUGAAGAAUUACAGCUGAUAAAUGUGGCGCUUCCCUGGUGGCUAACUGAAGAACUGCAUCCCAAAAAUCUGCACUGCCACCCUGCUGUCUAAGGAAUUACACCCAUUAAAUAUGGCGCCACACUGCUGUCUGAUGGAGGAACUACGGACUAGAAAUGUUCAGCAGCUCCCCCUGCUGUCUGACUGAGGAAUUACAGCCCAUAUAUGUUUGACAGCGCCAGCUUGCUGUCCAAUGGAGGAAUCCCAGUCAAUUGCUGAUAAAGUUCAGUCUAGAACCACCAGAUCUUCUGUUAGGUGGAUAAUUUUUAUCACGCAGUCGAUGCUUGAUUGGUUUCCACGUCUCCUCCCUUUCGUUUAGCUCAACAACUGCGUGCUUUGCGUUGUUUCUGUAGAUUUUUAGAUUUGACACUGAUUCACCUUCUUUCUAUUUUGGAUUUUUUUAUGUUAUAGCUGUUUGUUUAUAUUAAGUCAACUGAUUCUGAAUAUGAACACUGUAAACUAUUGGUACCCGUUUCUUUGAAUUUUUUUAAGAUUAGCAUUUUUACAGUGUCAUCUUAUUUACUUUCUAAUUUAUUUUCCUAAUUUAGCAAUCAUUUUUAAUUUGAACUAGACUGAGUAAAGCAGGGAUGUAAAACUGACUGUUCUGUUAGCUUCGGGAUAUUCAGCCUCUGGAAGGUGGUUUGUUGCUAGUUUGUCUCGCUGUGCUGGAUCCUGACGCACAUCUCAGUCACCUAAAAUAAGUCUCAAUCUUUAGUCUAAAGAUGUCAGGUUUUGGGUUUUUCAUGUUUAAGUUUGUGGUUUGUUUUUGAGGGAGCCUCCUCUACCCUGCUGAUCGGAGCAUCGCUACAGCUAACCCAUGUAGACGUUCAAAUCAUGAAGAGAGAUAUUAGAAAAAUGAAUGCUAACUGCACCGCUCCUUUGAUUCUCUGUUUUUCUUUCCAACUUUGUAACACGUACAGUUCAUAAAGUGGAGAGCAACAAUAAAGAGCUUUCUGCA